GGUUUAGUUUAAAGCCAUUACCCCUUGUCCUGUCACAUAAACUGAGGCAGAGUGUGCUAUGGAGCAUUAAAACUCCAACCUCGCUCUCAGCCGUGCAGCAGCCUUUCCCAGACAGAAUAUUUCUCCUUACUGCUGUCGCUUAAAGGCUUUUUUCUCUUCAGUAUGUGGCUGCUCUUGAGGACAUGCUCCGAGAGCUGAAGAAGCAGUCCAGCAAGCCAGCCCCAGAACUGCUGAAUGAAUACUCUCGCAAAGUGGACUUCCUGAAGGGACUUUUAGAAGCUGAAAAAUUGUCUUCAUCAACUGAAAAGGCUCUGGCAAAUCAGUUCUUGGCCCCAGGACGUACCCCUACAACAACCAAAGAGAGAACCCCAGCUACUAAAACAGUUCAUCUGCAGACAAAGGCUCGUUGCACAGGCAAGAUGAGGAGUGAGCUGCUUGGUACAGUAUGUUUUGGUGCUGCUGCUUCUUUACUGCUAGUUUGUAGAUUGUCUGUUGUUGCAUUGAGCUGCCUUUGGUGGCUGUGCCUCAGAUGUAUCCCAGGCUGGGUGGGGAGUCACUUUUUUCUGGUUUGGGUAGUUAAAAUACUGGGCACAGGCACUAUACUAGGUCUGGAGGACUUUUAUCUUUUAUCACUACCAUUUGUAAUCUUCUGUUUUGUUUCUCUUUCUGCCUCCCAGGAUCCCUUGGUUAUUGAUGAUUCUGAGGAGUUUAACGUAAGGAAGCGGAAAGGCGUUGCGUCUGAUGAGAAGCAGUCGGCAGUUGAGCUGGAUGCUGUUCUACAGCACCAUCAGGAUAUGCAGGAGAAGUUAGCUGAAGAAAUGUUAAGUUUGGCUCGCAGUCUCAAAAACAACACCCUGGCUGCGCAGAAUGUGAUAAAACAAGAUAACCAGACACUGUCGCAUUCUCUCAGGAUGGCAGACCAGAACUUUGAGAAGCUCAAGGAUGAAUCUGACCGCCUUGAACAGCAUGCAAAGAAAUCGGUCAACUGGCUGCUGUGGAUAAUGUUAAUUGUCGUUUGUUUUAUAUUCAUCAGCAUGAUUCUCUUUAUCAGGAUUUUUCCCAAACUAAAAUGAUGGUGGUUUGUUUUUUAAUUUAAAACUGCCAGAAGUGCAGCUGGAAAGCUCAGCUGGUAUGAGAACUGUCAGCAAGCAAUUUCUUUGCCACCUAUCAUGUCCAAGGCCUACCCUUGCAUCUCUCUUUCAUGCAAUCACUGGAUUCAGUGAAGGGUUUCAUGCAGAAGACUUUUUACGCUUGGACACUUGGUUACUUUCUUACUUAGUGCAUAUUGUUGCCUGUCAAAGGGGAAACUGGGAUAAAGAUGGCAAUUUAUGCUGAGCUGCUAACAAGUUCCUUAGUGGAUAGGUACAGUCCUGGUUUUAAUGUGGCUGUGGCAAAUGUUACAGCUCCUAAAAGGCGUUUACUCGAUACGAAUACAGGUAACAGUUGAAGUCUUAACAAUUUUUUCUGUCUUUACAGCUUUACUGUACUGAAAUAGGACCUUGCUGCCAACAGGAUAUUUAAUUACAAAGUUAUGUACGUACACAGCUGUAGGGUGUAGGAAGAGAAUGCUGCCAUUGAACUGCUUGCCUGGCUCAGAUUCAGAGAGUAUCAGCAGGUAAAACUAUUCUCAGGCUCACCUUUUUUCCAGAUGAGCAUCUGGGACUUGGGACUUUGCAGUCGUUUUCAGUUUAGACUCGCUAUAGAAGGGCUGAAGUUGCUUGCUGUUGCAAUGUUGGCUUCCCUUUUUGUAUGCGCAAAUGUUCUCACUUAUACACUGUCUGUUAUGUUGAUGCUCUUGCAUCAAGAAAACGCUGUGACCCUGGCACCGUGGAACUGUACACACAGGACUCUCCGUAGGGUACGGACCUCACCUGUACAAACAUUUUUUCACUGUAAGAUGAGGUUGAAGGAAGCUGGUGUCUUCAAGGCAGAAAUAAUAAUACUAAUAAAAAAAAUUCAGCCGUUAACCUUUU